AUGAGGUCCUCACUUCUGUCCCUGGGCCUGCUUCUCAGUGGUGUCAGCCACUGCGCCGCUAACUGCGGCUCGGGUCCGGGCCACGGUCAGGGUCCCCACGAUUCGAAAAAGCCUAAUAUUGUCUUCAUCCUGAGUGACGACCAAGAUGCUCGGCUUGGCUCAACAGACUUUCAGAGCGUGCUGCACAAAGAAAUAUUUGACAAAGGCAUUCGAUUCAUCAACCAUUUCGGCACGACUGCCCAGUGCUGCCCCAGCCGGGCUGGUCUCCUUCGUGGACAAGUGAGCCACAACACCAACAUCACCCACGUCCAUGGGCCAGGUGGCAACUACGACAAAUGGUACAUCUCUGGCCAAGACAAGGAUUACUUGCCCCAAUGGCUCGCCAAGGCUGGCUACCGCAGCGAAUAUGCCGGUAAGCUCCUCAAUGGGUACAACAUAAUCAACUACAACAUUAGACCCAAGGGAUGGCACUGGGUGGAUGCACUGCUUGAUCCCUACACUACAUACUACAAUGUGCCAGUGCUGUCCCAGAAUGGCGAGCGCCCAACAUACUACAAGGGAUGGCACUCCACCGAUGUGAUUCGCAUCAAAGCACUGGACCGCCUCGAGCGUCUUGCCUCACAAGACCAGCCUUUCUACCUUCAGAUCGCACCCUAUUCCUGUCACAUUGAGAAUGACCAGUACCGGGCCAUCCCCCUCAAACGACACUUUGAGCUCUUUCAGGAUGCCAAGGCGCCGCGGUACCCCAAUUACAACCCCGAGGAGAAGUACCAGAAGAAGAAGGGCAGCUGGCUCCGGGAUCUGCCACUGAUGAACCAGUCAUCGAGGGACUUUGCCGACUUUGCAUUUAAGUCUCGUGCUCAAUCUCUUCAGGGUGUUGAUGAGAUUAUCGAGGAUGUCAUUGCCAAAUUGGAGGAGAAGGGCAUCCUUGAUAACACUUAUAUCGUCUAUUCAUCGGACAACGGAUACCACAUUGGCCAAAACCGAGUGCCAGCUGGCAAGGCCGGCUUCUAUGCCGAAGACACAAACCUGCCCUUUGGCGUGCGUGGUCCAGGCAUCCCCGCAGGCGCCGUUUCCAAGACGCCCAGUGUGCACGUCGACCUGGCUCCUACUUUUCUAGAUAUCGCUGGCCUUCCCGAGGACGAGUGGCCCGACUUCUUGGACGGCGCCAGCUUGCUUGACCAGUGGAGACACCCGCACCAAAAGUACGGUGAAGGCCAAGGCGAGGGCAAUUCCAAGGAGACGCUCAACAUUGAGUUUUGGGGGCUCUGCAUCUCCGAGUCGCCAAACACUGUCGACGUGGGAUCUCCAUUUAACAACAACAGCUACAAGACGCUUCGUAUUCUCGGCGAAGAACAGGGCUGGCUGCUCUCUAUCUGGUGCACGGGUGAUAUUGAGCUCUACGACACCAUCAAGGAUCCGUACGAGGUGAACAACAUUGCCAGCUCGACCGAGUCUCAGCACAUCAACAUGCUGAACCGGCUUAACACACUCUUGCUGGUUACCAAAUCCUGCGAAAAGGGUUCCUGCCGUGACCCCUGGGCCGUUUUCAACCCACCGGAUGGCAGCAAGAUCAUCUCCCUGAAGCAGGCCCUGGAUCCAAAGUAUGACGACUUUUUCGCCUCGUUCCCCAAGGUCCAGUUCGGCGAGUGCAUGCAAUACCAGUAUGUGCCCAACGAGGAGCCAUACUAUCCAGAGAUCCCGGUCCAUGCCAGGGAAGGGCUGGGCAGGGAAGCCCGGGGUCCCACGGACAACUAUAUCUCGACCAAGGGCAAGGUUACCAUCAAGGACAGCACGUACCAUGGCACCGAAGCGCAGAGGCACGGGACGCUCAAGGAUGUAUACGAGAAUGCUCGUCCGCUAACCGACUCGGAGCUCGUGUCUGAUGAUACUGUUAGCUCGAAGCGGUUCGCGGCGGUUCCAGAGCGGGAUCUUGUCGGCAUGGGAUUCGACUAA